AUGGACAGCAUGUUUUGCCUCGAUCACCGGCAGGAUCCCACGGUUCAAAGCCUUCAGAGGCACAUUGAGAGCGAUGCCGAGCUGAUGCACCUUUUCGCGAAGGCAUUCAGUGAAAUCCCGGAUGAGUUCCUGGCGGGCUCGAACAACAUAAUUGGGCCCGCAAACGUGCGGGACUACAAUUCAUUGCUCGAUGGCAUUGACCGAGUCCUCGGGAUAGUGCCCUCGUGGACAUCAGCUGUCGAAAAGCAGUGCGUCAUUGCCUGUCCCAUGAACGAAGUGCUGAUAUGGUUCAUGAACACGAGGACUGGUUCCCAGAUUCUAAGCCGCAGGGAUAUCAAUGCGCAUUUUCAAGCCAUUCUUCAAAAGUGGGGCCACUACCUCUCAUCACCGGCCUCCGCAAAGGCUAUCCACAAGGGUAACGGGGGCUGGGUGUCCGAAGGCGCCCUGUCGGAGUUGCUUGACGUAGUCGUCAACGCGCAUAACACCUCGUUCCGUCCUGCCUCAUUCGAAGAAGCAUUUAUCUGCGACCCAGCAUUGCCGCACUACGGCUUCCGAUCGUGGGAUGACUUCUUCACCCGCCAGUUUCGCCCCGGUGCGCGGCCGGUGGCAGCUCCAGAGGACGAGCGCAUCAUCACCAACCCGUGCGAGUCGCAGCCCUUUGCCUUGGUUAGGAAUGUCCCCGCACAUGCACAUUUCUCAUUGAAGGGGACCGUGUAUUCAUUGCAGGACAUGCUGGGUCGAGACGACGAGGCCCACGCCGCGCGAUUCACAGGCGGCACCGUCUACCAAGCAUGGCUAUCGGCCUUCAGCUACCAUCGCUGGCACGCGCCCGUCUCGGGAACUGUCGUCAAGGUGAUCCAGCUAAAGGGAACAUACUUCGCGGCUGACCCGUCCAAGGGGUUCGAGAACAUCGACCCAGACACGGGCGCACCCUGCCCAGACCGCCAGGCGCCGGAUCUCUCGCUGCAGCUGAUCUCGUCCAUUGCGACUCGUACCGCGGUGUUGAUCCGCGCGGAUAACCCAGCCCUUGGGGUUGUGGGAUUCUUGGCCAUCGGCAUGGCGGAUGUCUCGAGCUGUGUGGCCACUGUCGCGGUCGGAGACCGUGUAGUCAAGGGCCAGGAAAUUGGCAGCUUCCAUUACGGGGGAAGCACCUUUUGUUUGCUAUUCGAGCCCGGAGUGAAUCUGACUUUCUCGCCUCUGAUCGGUGAAUCUCUGGCCCAGGAGCCGGGAUACGAGGGCCGGUGCAUUGCGGUUAAUAGCCAGCUGGCAUCCCUAUGA